AUGGCAAGAGCACACAAACUGCUUGGAUCUUCAUCACAUGGUGCUAAUUACCGCACUGUUCAUCCCCGUGUAUAUGAUGCGCAUUCCAGCACCGUACCUGUCAUUAAAGAAGAAACUGGCACAGAGCUUCAGUCAGGAAAUGGAAAGAACAAGGGUCUUUUGGAACAAGAAAAUCCAACUAAAAAAAUGGUCAUCAAGCUAGGCGGUGGAUUCUCCAAUUCUCAGAAGAAACAAAAUUAUUCUGGUACUGGUAUGUCAAAUUGGAAAAUGGUGACUGUUUCUUCUUCUCAGAAAGGAAAUAGCAAGUAUUGGAAAGCUGAAACUGCGGUGAGGAUUGGCUGUCGUAAGGAAAGGACUAAAGCAAGGCCACUGAUGGAGGUAGGAUCAUCGAGGCGUAUUUGUGCCAAUGGUAGCCCUGUAAUGAAAUACAAAUACGAAGCCAACAAUGAGGAUGAGGAUGGGUACUCAUCUGACUCCUCCAUUGAGGGAAAAGUUAGGAUGAGGAGUUUAAGAAGCGUAUAUGCUGACCUCCGAAGCCGCAUCCCUAGCUUCUCAAGGCUGAACUACAAGCUGAAAGAUUACUGA